AUGGUCAUUGGGUUCUUCUCAUCACAACUUGUGUGGAUACGUCCAGACUUCUCGCUCGCAGUGACUGGAUUCAUCAGCGCCACUGCACCAGAGAUCGAGGACGAGUUCUGGAAAGAUGCUGCUGAAUGUUCGAAAGCAAUACGACAAGAGUCCGGUUUACCAGAACCAUGUGAUCCGGAUAACAUGGCAUCGGAGUGUAACUGGAGCGACGGUGAGUGGGUAGGGGACGACAUGAUAUAUGAUGGUCCUUUUGAUGACACUCCCGAGCACGGAGUUUCAUCAGGAAGUGUAAAGGCAGACCUCUUCUAUUGGGCCACUUUCGUCUGGCGGCUUAUGGCGAACGACUUCACUGCUAUAUCGCCAUCGCGUCGUGGGCCUCGUGGAGGACUAUGGGAACCUACGUAUCCUAUGGAAGGAGGCCACAUAAUUGAAGAUGCGCCAGAUUUGUCCGAGAUCAUGCGUGAGAGAGAACGGCGCAAGCUAUUCCAGCAGCUAGAGAGAGCUAGACUGGGACAUGUCCUGUUCAGCGCUUGGAAUGAACAAUAUAGUACCGUGGAUGAGGUCGUGCAUGACAUUGAGUUGGCGGCAGCUGAUGUGGGCAUAACCAUUUCUGGCGACGAGGUUGAUAUCGGUAAGAAGUGGGAGGAUGUGUUCGAGUUCAAGGACGGGAGGCUGGGUUUCAAAGUUAGAUCUGAUUAG